AUGCAGGAGCGUUUCGAUCUGAACAGUGGGAAUUCAGAUGCAGUGAAUGCCCUCCUGGACCAGAUCGGUGCACUGCCGGGGAAAUCCUGGGAUAGAAAGAAACCAUCCCAGCUCUCCAAUGGCAUCCUGACAGCUUUCAAGGGCAUGGCAAAGCGGUGGAGUGCAAAGGAGGGGCGGCUGCACCGCAAGCGCUUGAAGCAGAGGAUUGCAGAGCAGGAAGAAGCUACUAGGAAGUGGGAGCAGAUGCAGGAAGCUAAGAAGAGGAGACAGGAGGAAAUGGAAGUGAAGAGGCGGCGGCGGGAGGACCGGGAUGCAGUGAGGCAGCAACGAGAAGAGGCGGCUGCCAGGGUUGAGGAGGAGUUGAGGGCGGUAGCAGAGAGGGAGGCGCGAGCCAAGGUGGAUCACAUGACGGCAGCCGCAGGGGAGGAGCAGUACGAGCUGGGAGCGCAGCUGCUGGCAGACGCCGAGAAGCUGCAGCAGGUGCUGGCCGGCAGCGCCUUCCAAGACAUCUUUGCCGGGUUCAGGAAGCAUGGGAGGGCGGGGGAUGGCGUAUCGAGACGGGGCAUUUUGAUUCCCAGCGGAGGCACCACGCUCAUCAACCAUGCCUAUGCCACCAUUAAGGUGUUGAGGGAAACGCUGGGGUGCACGCUGCCGGUGGAGAUUGUGUACAACGGCGAGCGCGAGAUGGACAACCGCACCUGCGCCAAAUUCCAGGCAAGGCUGGCUGCCUGA